UGACCAUAUAAAUAGUACGCUGACCUUGUCAUCGCCAGUUAUCAAGUGCGAUUUGCUGUAGUGUGUCGCGUUGAUAUUUUUGAUAGUGUGAAAUUUAAAAUAUGGGUGUCAAACUAUACGCUUUGGACAUGAGUCCACCAGUGCGUGCAUGCAUGAUGGCUCUUGGUGUAUUUAACGUGCCAUUCGAGAAGAUACUUGUCAACGUGCAAGGUGGUGAACAUUUAACUCCAGAAUAUUUAAAAAAAAAUCCUCUUCAUACGAUACCAGUACUAGAAGAUGGUGAUAUAACUAUACAUGACAGCCACGCUAUCCUCACCUACCUAGCUGACACCUAUGGAAAGGACGACUCAUGGUACCCAAAAGAUGUCAAAAAGCGAACGCUGGUUAACCAAAAACUAUUCUUUAACGCAGGUGUUAUGUUCCAGAAAUUACGAAACAUCACAUACAACAUCGUGUUGAAAGGAAAGAAGACCAUAGAACCGGAAUUGUUAGACGGUGUCACAGAAGGCUACGAGUUCAUGGAAGCGUUCCUAUCCCGGUCAAAGUAUAUCGCUGCAGACCAUGUUACAAUCGCUGACAUAGCAAUUUUGAGUACUGUGUCCACUCAAGAUCUUAUCCUACCAAUAGACGCUCAAAAGUUUCCAAAAUUGAAAGCCUGGUUAGAAGAAUUGAAAGCGACGCCAUAUUGUAAGAAAUAUAAUGAAGAAGGUGCGAACGCUUUGGGGGCGUAUGUGAAAAAGAGUGUCUCUUCUAUGGGUGUCAAACUGUACGCUAUGGACUUCAGUCCACCAUCACGAGCUUGUAUGAUGGCAUGUGAUAUCUUUGGAGUGCCAUUUGAGAAGAUCCCAGUCGAUCUAUUUAACAAUGAACAUCUAAGUGCAGAGUUCUUAGAGUAUUAUGUAAUACAGAAAGGAAGGAAGACUUUAGAACAAGAUUGGUUGGAUGAUAUUGUUGAAGCCUAUGGUUUUCUGGAAGCAUUUUUAUCCAAAACGAAAUACAUCGCUGCAGAUCACAUCACGAUUGCUGACUUAGCAAUUUUGAGCUUUCUAACUACUCUCGAAUAUAUUCUACCAGUUGAUGCUAAAAAAUCAAGAGAGGCGGGCAGCGGUGUGUACUGUGUCGUGUUUGACAUAUUGCGUAAUAUUUACACCGAAAUAAAUACAAAUAUGGGUGUGAAACUAUACGUCAUGGACUUUAGUCCACCGUCACGAGCAUGCAUGUUGACUUGUGAGAUCUUGGGCAUACCAUUCGAAAAGAUUCCAGUCGACCUAUUUAAAGGUGAAAAUCUUACUCCCGAGUAUUUAGAGAAAAACCCUCUGCACACAAUUCCUGUUCUAGAAGAUGGUGACUUAAUAUUAUACGAUAGCCACGCAAUAAUGGCAUACCUAGCUGAUACCUAUGGAAAAGAUGAGUCUUGGUAUCCAAAAGACGUCAAGAAACGAGCACUAGUUAACCAAAAACUGUUCUUCAAUACAGCUGUUAUUUAUCGUAGAUUAAGAAACAUCACAUAUUAUGUAUUCCAAAAAGGAAGAAAGACUCUAGAACAGGACUGGUUGGAUGACAUUACUGAAGGCUACGAUUUCCUGGAAGCAUUCUUGUCCAAAACGAAAUAUAUCGCUGGAGACCAUAUCACGAUUGCCGAUGUAGCAAUUUUGAGUCAUCUUACCAAUCACGAAUAUAUUUUACCUAUUGAUGCUAAAAAAUAUCCUAAAACAUCUGCCUGGUUAGAAGAUUUCAAAGCGACGCCAUAUGCUAAGAAACGUAAUGAAGAAGGCGCAAAGGCUCUGAAUGAUCUUCUUAAUAAAUUUUUAACUUCCUGAAAUUAUUAAAAUGGAAAUAUAAAGUGUUAAUUUGUAAUUAAAAAACCUUUGCACUGUGCAUAUUUGAAAUCUGUGUCGUACCGUACGUAUGAAUAUAUUUAUAGUUAAAAAUAAACAAAUGAAACUUCAGUA